AUAACAUUUUUUAUGUUCGAAACAUAUCAGGCCCUGCAAGAACUAGGAGAUCUUAUAAGUGAUGAUCUCAAGAUUAAGUGUAUGCAUGCUUGCGAUGAAGCCUACCAUAAGCAAGUUCUCGCUGCAACAGAAACUCUGAAAUUCAAGUUUAAGAUCAAGAUAGUAAAGAUUACCACAAAAGAAUUUCGACAGUACUUUGUUGAGAACCUGAGCGUGAAAGGGAUUGGAGAAGUUGGUCGAGGUAUUCUGGUCGGAUACAAACCUUGUCUCAGUCAGAAUUCUGCCUCUACAGUGAGCAGGAUAGUCGCUAACCCUACUCCCUAUAGCUUCCUUACUAUCAGUGAACUGAAGAAACCGAGGAAGAAAGUUAGCAGGAAGAAGAUUCAUACUAUCUUAGAGUUCAACCCAUCGGACAACUGCAGGAAACUAGGAAAGGGUAAGGAUGAGAAGGCCUGGAACCGACCUAUGCCGUACAACGAGAAACUCCGGCGGGCGAGUACAAAUGCUGAGGUUCGAGAAAUUGCAGAAAAUUUCUCGAAUCUGAGCAAAUGGAUGAUCAUUAAGGAUCGAUUUCGCAAGGGAGCGAAACCAUUGCCGAGGAUUGUAAUCACAGAAGAGUGGAGGAAGAUUGAGGAUAUCCGGAUACCCCAAAUACAUGAUCUCUACUCAAGGGAUUACGGGGUGAGAACUAGACCUAGAGAUAUUCGUCUAGCUGAGCUGGCCAGAAAGUCUGGAGGUACAUUACAUCUUUCAGGACAUAAUAUCAAGGUUCAAACAUCUUCUAGACCAGAUGAUGAUCACAAGAGUUACAAGUUUAGGAGUAGGAACCUUCCCUCCCCUCCAUUCUGUACUCUCAAGUAAAUUCUACAUUAUCAUUCUUCUCAAGUUUCCUAUUAUAUAAAUUGUUUGUUAUUUCUAAUAUGAAAAUCCACAGCAUCCUGUAUUUCAUUUAGUCUUUCUACCCACUUAAUUUAAUGGAAAUUCUCCAAAUAAUUCAAUCAUAUUCUUAAUAUUUCAUUCAUUCAGUUUGGGUUAACUCAUAAAAACAACCUACCCUGGUUAGGCGGGACCUGCCUACACGUUAAAUUAUGGUAUAUUUUUACUGCUGUAAAUAUCUACCUAAAAUAUGUAAAACUAGUUAGGGAACCCAGCUU